UUCAAAUUCAAAAUGGCUGCGUCAGGGAAAGCUGUUCGAGGCUCUCUAGUUGAUAUGUUUGACGACAUAGUCACUGGAGCCGAGAUCCUUUCCAAAGGAACAGAGAAAGCAUUUGCCGAUUACUUGACUCAUAGUAUUGAUCUCGUCUCUCAUGAAGUCGAGAGGCUAAAGAAAGAAAAUUCAAAGCUUAAGAAAGACAAUGAAGCAAAAGACAUCAAGUUGAAACUAUCCAGGAAAAGCCUUGAAGACCAGAUGAAUGAAUGUAUAUUGCUUAAGAGUCAAGUCAAAGAAAACGAGAGGCAGCGCAACAUAUUGAUAUCCCUCCUCACUGAUGAUAAAUCAAUUGAUAAAGCAGCUACUCAUAAUGAAGUGGAGCGGCUCGGUCUUGCCCUCCUCAAGAGGAACAGUCAAGGCGCCAGUCCAGGAGGGUUUUUGAGUGAGUCGGGAGAGUGUCCAACCUUCUCUGAAGCAAGUGUCAACAUGACUGAUGCGACCGAUAUUGAUGAUGAUGAUGAUUCUUGUAAAGCUGCCACUUGGAAGAGGAGGAGGACUGCUAGUGUGGAGUGGGCAUUAGAAUCCUCAUGCUCUAAAAGAAGGAGACCAGUGGAUUUUCUUGAUGAUAAAGAGAACACAGAUCGUGAAUUUAAGAAACCAACUCCAAACAAGAGUAAGCGCAAACCAAGCCAUGGACACCUCCACAUGAUGAAGCAGCAGAGUCAGCCGACGCCCACACCUCCGGAGACUUCUCCUCCCAAGACUCCGCCCAUUACUGUCCCGCCUCUUAAUCUUCCUCAGUUGGGUGACGAGAGUCCAGUCCCUUCAGCACCAUCAGAGCAUGAAGUUGCACUAGUGAAUCAGGGUCUCUUGUCCCCUCACUCCCCAUCUCCCCAUCCUUCCCCUCAUCCCUAUUCCCCUCAGCUCCCUGGUGGCUCUCCCUGUUAUGAGGCCGACCCGCUUGCCUUGACUCCUCCUCUUUCCUCUGCCACUAACAGGCUGUAUCCUAACCUAAUCGAAGGCGGAGGGGAUGAAGCUGGUUUUUAUGAGGGACAGUUUGGAGCCACUCCUCUUUAUCAGGAAGUUAAUUAUGGGAUGGGAUCAAGAUCUUCAUCACAUAUUAAUCUGCAUAGAAAGCACAGUUUCUUGUCAAAGACUAUUAUGAAGUCUGAAAGCUGUCAGGUGUGUAAGAAGAAAGUUGGGUUUGGUAAAAGUUGCUCCAAGUGCAAAGAUUGCAGAGCGUUGUGUCAUACCGAAUGUAAAGAGAAGCUGCCAUUGCCUUGUGUGCCUACAGUGCACACUCCUAAGAAGAAGCAAAAGGAGUCUGGUCUGUCUGCCUACUGUCCUCACACAGUCCCUCGUGUACCGUCCCUCAUCGUUCAUUGCGUUAAUGAGAUUGAGUCACGUGGUAUGAAUCAAGUCGGUCUAUACAGGGUAUCAGGUUCAGAUAGAUCUGCUAAAGAACUCAAGGAGCGUCUCCUGGCUGCUAGGGGCACUCCUAAUUUUGAUAAAGUUGCAGAUGUUAAUGUUAUUUGCGGCUGCUUAAAGCAGUUCCUACUCCAGCUAAACGAGCCCCUGGUCACUAAUGAACUUCGCUCUUCCUUCUUAAAUGCAAUAGAUAAUGAAGAGAUGGCAUUGCAUAACCUUUUGAUCUCCAUUGCUGCCCUGCCUUCUUGUAAUAAGCACACACUUGCAUUCAUCAUUCUACAUCUUCAAAAAAUUGCAAGUAAUUCAAAAGCCAACAAGAUGACAGUUGAGUGUCUCUCUCGUGUGUUUGCUCCUACUAUCGUCGGGGCAUCCCUAAGUGCCGAGUCCCUCUUUGCCGAUAUCCAGAAACAGCAAAAGGUUGUGGAGCGUCUUUUGAAAAUAAGUCACGAUUAUUGGAGCGAGGUACUAUCGUGUGAUGAUAACCCCGCGCUUCAAUCACCCACCCCAAGUCAAGUUACCCUUCCUAGCCCAACAACUCCAUGUAUCAUAAACUCACCUUCUACUCCAGAUCUAUUGCCUAUUCCACAGAGUCCUUUCCUUGGUCCAUGCCAGUCACCACAAGGAGGUAGAAUACCCCCCAGGACUCCAGUUAUUACCAGGUCAAUGAGUAAUUCUUCAGUUACUCGCUCAGUCAAGAAGGGAAGUACCUUUUUUGGUGCCAUUAAUUGAUAGACUCCACACACACACGUUACUAUUAUCAAUAUUAUUAUUAUUAUUAUUAGAUUAAAUCUGGACUAGCAUUGUUAUUAUUAUUGUCUGUACUAUUCAUUAUUUUACAUUUACAUUCUUUACAGCUACUUAUUAGUUGUUUUAGUUAAACAAUGAUAACUUUAGUAGGCAAAAUCAA